AUGUUGAAUGAAUUACUAUUGAUAUGUUUAGUUUUGAUAAGAAUAGAAUGCCAAUUAACUCAAUUAAAUUUGGGUACAUCAGAGUCAUUAAUAAAUGAAUCAGAAAGUUGUGCAUGUAAUUUUUCAACUGAUUUUUGUGAUGAAUUCUGUUGCUGUGAUUCUUAAUGUGAUAGUAAGGCUAUUAUUGAAUGGGAUUUAGCAAGGAAAUGCAGCGAAAAAAGUAUAUUUAAUAAUUAAAAUAGUAUAUUCAUCUGCAUAUCGAAUUCCUGAAUGUAAUAGAGAUUAUCAAAAAAGUUCAAGUGAUUUGUAUUUAGGAUUAAGAAUCGCAUAUAAUGUAAGAUAACAUAUGGAUAUUGUCAGUUAUUUAAAAACCUGGGUUGUGUUACAAAUCAAAAUACUUUGUCCACUUUGCAAAACAAAGAAUUAGAUUCAAAAGAUUAUACCGCUAAAAUAGAUGAAUACAAAUAAAAAUAUUAAAACACACCAACAAUUACAGGUUUAUCAACUAAUAAUUUCAUUACUUCAACAUUAAUAAGUGGUUAGGAAUUGAUGUCAAUGUAUAGACCAAGAAAUGAGAAUGAUAAAGGAUGUCAAUCAAGUCAAAUUAAAAAAUAUAAGACUUAUCCUGUCACUAUAUGUUCAAGAUGUAUGAAGAUAUUCAAUUAUUCAAGAAUUAACUGAUGAUUAAGUAACACCAUUACUGUUAACAGAAUUCAAAUACUCCAAUUACUAAUAAUUAACAAUCUGGGGAUUAAGUGUAAAGAUUAGUGCCACCUAUUAUGUAUCAUAUAAUGAUGCCACAAAAAGAUAUCAAUAUGCUCCAAUGACAACUCCUACUGAUCCUGUAGGUAAAACUAAUUUGGUUGUUGGUGUUAUUUAUUAAUUUACUAUGGCUGCAGUACCUAUUGAUGAUACAAAUACAACUGAUAAUCCAAUUUCAAUUGAUGCCACAAUCUUUAUAAUAGAUGCAGUUUAAGUUAAUGCUGAUGCAGUCAAUAUUAUACCUGCUAUCAGUGGAAUCAUAUAUAAAACUGCAAAAGGAGAAGUUUAUGAUGUAUCAAGUAAAGGUGGAUAUACAAGAGGAGCACCUUUAAGAUUUAAAAAGUCAUUAGAUAAUACUAAUGAGGAAUUACUAUAAUAAUUGUUUAUAGGAAUAGAAUCUUAUGAUGUAUUAUUUAUAUAAUCUUAAUUUAGGGAUUGUGUAUAUCAAGUGCUACUAAAGAUUUAAGCCAUUCCUUUUAAAUCAAUUUUUUAGAAGAUUAAAAGAUUUCUUGUUCAAAAUCAAGUAUAAGUUUUACUACUUCUAAUAUUUACAAGAAUAUUGCAGACAAUCUAAAAUUUGUAGCUAGAUAUGGUGAUUCAGGUUCAAAUAAUCUUAGUACUGAUGAAUGGUUAUAAGUAACUCCGUGUUCAUAAACUGAGAGUAUUUAUCAAUUUUCUCUCACUUUUGGAUACAUUGUCUUUGGUGAAAAGGGAAAAGAAAGAUUUAGAAUUAAUUCAGCUUCUAUGAUUUGUACUCAAGUAUCAAUUGAUGCUGCUUAAUAUGAAUAUAGAUUAUACAUUUAAUUUGUUGAAAUACCCAAUACUUGGAUUCACUUUAAAGGACCUUCACCUUAACUUAUUGGAGGUCUACCUGAUGAUAUAUUAGCUCCCUUUAUUAAUUAUGGGUGAA